AUGGGGGAGGAAACGACUCAACCUACUACCACUACAUUGGAGUCCAACCAGACUAUUGUUGAACCCUCUGGUGUGGCUAUGGAUAUAGAUCAGACUCCAACUAAAGUCACUGAAAAUCAGAAAUUAUCUCCUAAUCCCGGUACAUUGGCAGCUGCAACAUCAGCUUUCAACUCGUCAACUGUCCCUACAUCUGCUGACUUGGACGUUAUGUACGAUGCUGAGUUUUUGGAAUCGGUUUUACAAAGUUUGCCUGGUGUGGAUACUCAGAAUGAAGAUGUUCGCAAGGCUAUAGAUGCUCUAACUAAGUCCCAGUCACAGAGAAGUUCAAAAAAGAUGAAAAAGAAGAUGAGGAUAAGCAGAAUAGUUAAGAAGCGGUGUAUUGAUUUUCGAAUUCGCGAUGAUUAA